AUGGCAGAGAAUUUUUUGCAACCAACAGAAGAGAAGACUAUGGAAGAAGUUGGUGGUGAAUAUUUUGAUGAAUUAAUUGCGAGAUCAUUUUUCCAACCUCAUAAUACUCGUGGAAACAUAUUUGUGAUGCAUGAUAUCAUGCAUGAUUUAGCAAUGUUCAUUGCCAGGAGAGAACAAGAUCAAAGAAUUGGGAGCACUGACAAAUCUAGAGCAAUCAAUUUCCAUUACCAAAUUGGAGAUGUGGUGAAUAGUAGUGAAGCUUUGGAGGCAAGAAUGUUUGAUAAGGACGGCAUUGAUUCUUUGUGGUUGAGUUGGUCUUGGUAUGAAGGUGAGAAUAUAGUUGAUUUCGAAAUUGAAAGAGAUAUACUAGACAAGUUACAACCUUCCAUUGAUUUGAAAGAACUAGAAAUCGACGGUUUCAGGGGUACAACAUUUCCAGAUUGGUUGGGGCAUUCUUCUUAUUGCAACAUCACCAAAGUUACUCUGGAUGGUUGCUGGAACUGUUGUUUGCUUCCUUCACUUGGACAAUUGCCCUCUUUGAAGCACCUUACAAUUUCAAAUUUUGUAAAUCUGGGGAUUGUGGGUGCUGAGUUUUACUUCUGCCAGAACGAUGAAUCUUGCUUUGAGACACCAUUUCAAAUGCUUGAAACACUUAAGUUCUCGUCAAUGCCUUGGUGGGAGGAGUGGAAGUCAUUGGAAUUCAAUGCAUUUCCCCGACUUAGGGUGCUUACCAUAAGUUCGCGUCCGAUGUUGAGAGGAGAUUUGCCUAAUCAUCUUCCAUCUUUGCAAUCACUUGAGAUCCAGAAUUGCGAGCUGUUCAGUUAUUGUGUUCCAAGAACUCCUGGGAUGACCUCUUUAAGCAUAGAAGGCAGCAAUGAAGUGAGAAUUGGGGAGUUACCUCCUUUACUGGAUGACCUAUCAAUUGAAAGAAGUGAUCAUCUAGUGCAGUCCGUGGUAGAGACUACUACCCUCACGCAACUGACUUGCUUGACGUCUUUACGCAUCUCAGGUUGUUCCUCUCAAAUAUGGUUUCCAGUGAGUGCUAUUCCCCCAUCACUACAACAGUUGAAUAUACGUGAGUGCAGAAAAUUAGAAUUCCAAAUGGAUGAGCAACAUCACUCCCUGCAAGAACUUGUAAUAGAAAAAAGCUGUUCUUCACUUACAUCCUUCUCGUUGUUGGAUUCUUUUCCAAAUCUCGUGCGUGUUCAAAUCAGUUACUGUGAAAAGAUGGAGUGUGUUGCGGUAUCAUGCUCUCUUCCAUGUCUCCGUUCUGUAGAGAUCAACUAUUGUUGGAGUUUGAAAUCUGUGUCCACGCUAUGGAUGGCAGCACCUCAGCUAGAACAACUCUCAGUACUGAAAUGCCCAGAGAUCGAUUUGUCUCCCACAGGGGAUCCACACCGUAGUCUGAGAUCUCUUAGCAUCAGCUACUACCAGAAACAGGUCAUCUCUGCAGAAUUCAUGAAUUCGCAAUUUCAUGGGUUAACUGAUCUUUACAUUGAAGGUGGAUACCGGGAGAGUGAAAGUGUGAAGUGUUUCCCAAAGGAAGGUUGGUUGCCUGCCUCACUUGAGUCUCUCGAACUGGUUGGCAUGAAAAGUGUGGAGACGUUGGAAUGCAAGGGACUUGCCCACCUCACCUCCCUCCAACGAUUAAGAAUUGAUGGAUGUGCCAAGUUGGAGAAUAUCGAGGGAGAAAAGCUGCCCGCCUCUCUAAUACGACUCACCAUCAUUCGAAGCCCUUUGUUGAGUAAACUGUGCGAGAUGAAGGACCCACAGAUUUGGCCCAAAAUUUCCCACAUCCCCGGCAUUCAAGUUGAUGAUAGAUGGAUUUGGUAAUCCAACAACUUCAACAGAUUACAUGGACCCAACAACACACCUUCUCCACCUAUGCUUUUGCUUUCGCUGCAUCAACAAUAUUCAAUCAUUGCAAUACAUAGGCCUGAUUGCUAAGAAUAAAACCAAUUCAGCAACAAUCAUGGACACAAUCGAGCAAGUCACCAUUGCAUUGGAAAAUUUAAUACCUUAGCUUCUUU